GAUUCCCCCUCUUUCAUCUGUUGUUGUUUCAAUGCGGAACAGAACAGCAGCUAGUCGUAAGGGACAUUUGAAGUGGUCGUCCUCCACGCACAAUUUGUAAUGAACAAGUUCGAUCCAUUUGGUCUUGUUCUUUGAUAAAAAAUCAAAAAUGGGUAAAAAAGAAAAAAGAGUCUUUCUUUAAGCACAUUGAGGUUCCACAAAGAGAAGACAACUCACCCAGAACGAAAUCAUCGGGGAGUGUAUGCACCAGAAAUUUGUCAAGAUUAAUUGCUGAGAGCAAGGAUCAAGAAGGUUCUUGAAUUUUGGUGGUCCAACAGUGUUUGAAGAUCAAGGAAAAGGGAAAGAUGAUGGAGGGUUGGUUCAAAAUGUACUGUGGGGACUCUGCUUGUUUGGAUGGAGAUGGAGAGCCAUGCAAUUCUAAUUUAGUGCCUUUCACAGAUCCCUCUUCCUGCAUUUAUAAUGCCUUGAUACUCUGUUUUGAUAUUGUGCUGUUAGUCAUUCUCUUGUUGGCCAUGAUUCGGAAGUCGUCAUCAAAAACAGCUCAUAUUCCUUCCCGUUUUCAGCAUCGUUCUUCCUUGCAGAUGGUUUCUGCUAUUGUUAAUGGCUGUAUUGGGCUGGGGUACUUGUGUCUAGGCAUUUGGAUUUUGGAAGAGAGGUUGAGGAAAACCCAGACCACUUCACCUUUGAAAUGGUGGUUGCCAGUGCUGUUGCAGGGCUUCACAUGGUUAUUGGUGGGUUUAACUGCGAGCUUUAAGGCGAAACAACUUAGCAGGACACCAUUGCGGCUACUAUCCUUACUUGCAUUACUGUAUGCAGGAAUGAUCUGCACCUUGUCCAUUUCAGCUGCCAUUUUAAACAAAAUUUUAACUGUGAAGAUUGCUUUAGAUUUUCUGUCUUUGUCUGGAGCAAUAUUAUUUCUGCUAUGUGCUUAUCGAAGAUAUCAGUUUGAAGAGAGUGAUCAGAGUGCAGAUGAAGAUGGCCUCUAUGCUCCUUUAAGUGCUCAGGCCAAUGCAAGCGAUAAAGACAAUUUUGGAGAUGAAGUUACACCAUUUGCCAAAGCUGGUUUCUUCGGUAAAAUAUCGUUUUGGUGGUUGAACCCACUGAUGAAAAAGGGUAGGGAGAAGACUCUUGAUGAGAAAGAUAUACCCAAGUUAAGUGAAGAAGAGAGAGCAGAGAGCUGCUAUUUGAGAUUCUUAGAGUUAUUGAACAGACAGAAACAAGUUGCCCCAUCAUCUCAACCAUCUGUUUUGUGGACAAUUAUAGAGUGCUACAGGAGGGAUAUCUUCAUAUCUGGGUUCUUUGCUUUGCUAAAGACACUCACUCUGUCUGCUGGUCCUAUGCUUCUUAAUGCCUUCAUUUUGGUUGCUGAGGGCAAAAGCAGUUUCGAAUAUGAGGGUUAUUUGUUGGCCAUAUUACUUUUCCUUUCAAAAACUUUGGAGUCUUUAUCUCAAAGGCAGUGGUACUUUCGAAGCAGAGUACUAGGUUUGAAAGUAAGGUCUUUACUCACUGCAGCCAUUUACAAGAAGCAGCUGAGACUAUCCAAUGCUGGUAGGUUGAUGCACUCUGGUGGUGAAAUAAUGAACUAUGUCACAGUUGAUGCCUACAGAAUUGGAGAAUUUCCUUUCUGGUUCCAUAACACCUGGACAACAGGCCUUCAGCUUUGUAUUGCAUUAAUAAUUCUCUUCCGUGCAGUGGGCUUAGCAACAGUUGCUGCCCUGGUGGUUAUAAUCAUAAUGGUCAUAUGCAAUUCUCCACUUGCCAAGUUACAAAAUAGGUUUCAAAGUAAGCUAAUGGUUGCACAAGAUGAGAGGCUUAAGGCUAGUUCGGAAGCUCUUGUGAAUAUGAAGGUGCUAAAACUCUAUGCAUGGGAAGGCCACUUCAAGAAAGUUAUAGAAGGGUUAAGGAAUGUGGAGUAUAAAUGGUUAAAAGCACUACAACUACGAAAAGCAUAUAAUGGCUUUCUGUUUUGGUCAACCCCUGUUUUUGUCUCUGGUGCUACCUUUGGUACAUGCUAUUUCUUGAAGAUUCCUCUACAUGCCAGCAAUGUUUUCACUUUUGUAGCGACAUUACGUCUUGUUCAGGAACCUAUUAGAUCUAUGCCAGACGUCAUUGCGGUUGUCAUUCAAGCUAAGGUUGCAUUUGCACGUAUUGUAAAAUUCCUAGAGGCACCAGAGCUACUAAGUGGGAAUGUCCGGAAGAAGCGUCAUAUGGAGAAUGCAGACCAAGCCAUCUCCAUAUCAGCUGGUUUUUCAUGGAAUGAGGAUUCGUCAAAACCUACCCUCAGAAACAUAGGUUUAGAGGUUAGGAUGGGUGAAAAAGUGGCUGUAUGUGGGGAAGUUGGUUCUGGUAAAUCAACUCUUUUAGCUGCAAUUCUUGGAGAAGUUCCUUGUGUCCAUGGAUCUAUUCAAGUAUUUGGGAAGAUUGCCUAUGUUGCUCAAACAGCCUGGAUUCAGACAGGAACUAUACAAGAGAACAUUUUAUUUGGGUCUCCCAUGGAUAGGCAACGAUACCAAGAAACGCUUGAGAGGUGUUCAUUGGUGAAGGACCUUGAUUUGUUAACUUAUGGCGAUCUGACCGAAAUAGGUGAAAGAGGAGUCAACCUAAGUGGUGGUCAGAAGCAGAGAAUUCAGCUUGCCCGUGCGCUGUACCAAAAUGCUGAUAUAUAUCUCUUGGAUGACCCAUUCAGCGCUGUUGAUGCCCACACAGCUACAAGUUUAUUUAAUGAUUACAUUAUGGGAGCACUUGCAGCAAAGACAGUCCUCCUUGUGACCCAUCAAGUUGAUUUCCUGCCAGCAUUUAAUUCUGUUUUGUUAAUGUCGGAUGGGGAAAUCCUACAAGCAGCUUCUUAUCAUCAAUUGUUGACCACAAGUCAAGAAUUUCAGGACCUCGUCAAUGCACACAAAGAGACUGCUGGUUCUGGAAGGGUUGCUGAGGUUAACUCUUCCCAGAAACAUGGAAAAUCUGGUAGUAGAGAUAUCAAGAAAAGUUAUAUCGAGAAACAGUUUAAAGAAUCAAAAGGUGAUCAAUUAAUCAAACAAGAAGAAAGGGAAAAGGGAGACAUAGGGUUAAAGCCAUAUAUGCAAUAUCUCAAUCAGGACAAAGGCUUUUGGUUCUUGGGCAUGGCAGUUCUUGCGCACUUGACAUUUGUGGUUGGUCAGAUUUUACAGAACUCUUGGAUGGCUAUCAGUAUUGACAAUCCAAAAAUUAGCACAUUGAAAAUGAUCGUGGUUUAUUUGCUUAUUGGAUUUGUCUCAAUGCUGUUUUUACUAUGGAGAUCUAUUUCCACAGUUACAUUGGGCAUGCGAUCAUCAAAAUCUCUAUUUUCACAGCUUCUAAAUUCUCUUUUCCAUGCACCUAUGUCUUUCUAUGACUCCACUCCGCUAGGAAGGAUACUUAGUCGGAUCUCCUCAGACCUGAGCAUUGUUGAUCUUGAUGUCCCAUUCAGCUUAAUCUUCGCCUGUGGGGCCACAAUAAAUGUUUAUAGUAAUCUUGGAGUACUGGCUGUUGUUACCUGGCAAGUGCUAUUUGUUUCAAUUCCAGUUGUUUAUGUAGCUAUUUGCUUGCAGAGAUACUAUUUUUCCACUGCAAAAGAGUUGAUGCGUAUAAAUGGCACAACCAAGUCCUUGGUAGCAAACCAUCUAGCAGAGUCCGUAGCAGGAGCUGUGACAAUAAGAGCUUUUGAGGAGGAAGAGCGAUUCUUUGCAAAGAACCUCAUGCUCAUUGACACUAAUGCUAGUCCUUUCUUCCACAGUUUUACAGCAAGUGAGUGGUUGAUCCUGCAGUUAGAAACACUUAGUGCAUCUGUUCUUGCCUCUGCAGCACUCUGCAUGGUUUUGCUUCCUCCUGGGACUUUUAGCCCUGGAUUUAUCGGAAUGGCUCUUUCUUAUGGACUUUCACUAAACACGUCCCUUGUUAACUCAAUUCAAAACCAAUGCACCCUAGCUAAUUACAUAAUCUCUGUUGAAAGACUUAACCAAUACAUGCAUGUCCCAAGUGAGGCCCCUGAAAUGGUAGAAGAGAACCGGCCCCCACCCAGCUGGCCAUCUGUUGGGAAAGUGGAUAUCUGUGAUUUGCAGAUCAGAUAUCGGCCUGAUGCACCACUAGUUCUCCGAGGUAUAAGUUGUACUUUCCUAGGAGGGCAUAAGAUCGGCAUUGUUGGCAGAACUGGCAGUGGGAAGACAACUCUAAUCAGUGCUUUAUUCCGCUUGGUGGAGCCUGCUGGAGGGAAAAUCAUAGUAGAUGGCAUUGACAUCACCACAAUUGGACUUCAUGAUCUGAGGUCACGAUUUGGAAUUAUUCCUCAGGAUCCCACUCUUUUUAAUGGGACCGUGAGAUACAAUUUAGAUCCUCUAUCUCAAAAUACUGACCAGGAAAUAUGGGAGGUUCUUGGAAAGUGUCAGCUACGGGAGGCUGUUCAGGAAAAAGAAGGGGGAUUGGACUCCUUAGUUGUGGAUGACGGAUCAAACUGGAGUAUGGGGCAAAGGCAGCUUUUUUGUUUGGGCCGUGCCCUUUUGAGGAGAAGCAGGGUAUUGGUGCUUGAUGAAGCUACUGCUUCAAUUGACAAUGCAACUGACUUGAUUUUGCAAAGAACUAUCAGAACUGAAUUUGCAGAUUCAACUGUUAUCACUGUGGCUCAUAGGAUACCAACUGUGAUGGAUUGUAACAUGGUUCUUGCCAUCAGUGAUGGAAAAAUUGUGGAGUAUGAUGAGCCAAUGAAUUUAAUGGAGAGAGAAGGGUCGUUAUUUGGACAACUUGUGAAGGAAUACUGGUCUCAUUACCACUCUGCGGAAUCACGCUGAAGCUACUAAUAUUUUGUGUAGUCUCUUUUCACUCUUAGCACUUCGGGGUUGGAAAGCAUGUAAGUGUAUGAUGCAUGGGACCAAAUAACACCUAGUGCAGCCUUGGAGAGGAAUAGGUGGGUAGCAAUAGAAGUUCCUGCUCUAUGUUGUAUCGGUGUUUUCAAACGAUCAUCAAUAUUUUCGGAGUUCUUAAAUGGAUGAUAAUUGCCCAUUUUAACGAAAG